CGGGGCGAAUCCCUGCCGACGUCACUAUUUGUCCGUUAUAAAAAGCCUGAGCAGCGCCUCUGAUCAGACUCGAGCAAAAACGCCUUUUUGACUGCCACUUAUUCAUAAAGCAAGGAUUACAGGAUCACUUUCGUGGGAUUUAUUUAUCAGAAAAGGAUCCCCUAUAUCACCACAAUGACUUUGAACAAGAGUGACAAAUUGCGGAACAUGGACAAAAGGAGAGGAAGCGUUCCGUUCCCAAUGAACCUCCCCAACCUGCACAGGAGAAGCAUGCCGGUCGAUGACCGGGACCUGCGCGCCACGACGCCUCAGAUGGGACAAACCGACGAGCUUUCCAACCUUCUGCGCUGUACGUCCUACUCCCCCAGCGAGGAGCACCGGGGCAGCUGCGCCUCGGACUCCUCCGACUCAGUCAUUUCCACCGGCAGUGAGACAGAUUCCCAGGUGUACAAAGUGGUCCUCCUCGGGGAGCACGGGGUCGGAAAGUCCAGCCUGGCGCGCGUCUUUGGGGGGCUUGAGGACGCCGGUCACGACUGUGAUGAAGCAGGAAACACUUACGACAGAUCUCUUAUUGUGGAUGACGAGGAGGCUUCAAUUUUGCUCUAUGACAUCUGGGAGCAAGAUAACAGUCAGUGGCUAAAGGAGCAGUGCAUGAGGAUGGGAGACGCUUACAUCAUUGUGUACUCAGUGACUGACAAGUCAAGCUUUGAGAAGGCCUCAGAGCUUCGCAUCCAGCUGCGUCGAGCCAGACAGUCAGAGAACAUUCCCAUAAUCCUUGUUGGCAACAAAAGUGACCUGGUGCGAUCCAGAGAGGUGUCAGUUGAUGAAGGAAGAGCCUGCGCCGUGGUGUUUGAUUGCAAGUUCAUUGAGACAUCCGCAUCCCUCCACCACAACGUGCACGCCCUGUUUGAGGGCAUCGUCAGACAGAUCCGUUUGAGAAAAGACAGCAAGGAGGAAAACGAGCGACGCAUGGCUAACUGCAGGCGCAGAGAAAGCAUCAGCAAAAAGGCCAAACGCUUUUUGGGUCGCAUGGUCGCACGCAAGAACAAGAAGAUGGCCUUCAGGCAGAAGUCCAAGUCAUGUCAUGACCUUACGGUUCUCUGAGCGACACACAGGACAGAAAGACUUUUUUUAUUUUCUCUUUUUUUCCUUUGGCCUCUGAAGACCAGAUCCUGUGUGUGUUUUAACACCAAUCCUAAAGGACUAAUAGAGAAUAUAUUUUUGUUUAGUAACGCACAAACCAAAAGCUAAACAGGAUGUAAUAAAAAAAAAAAAGAAUAGUAUUGUAAAAGGAUAUGAUACUGGUAAUAACGUUAAAAAAUGUGCAUACCUUUUACUUUACAGCCUGCCUUAAACAUUUUGCCAUCAUAUAAGGAUUCUUUUGUCAAAAAGAUCUGAUAUGUUGAUUCAAAAAAAGGUGCAAAGGUUGUCUUUUAUUUGGGUUGUUGUGUUUUGUUGUAGGAGGGGAUUGAUGUAUAUACUAUAAAGGCAUAGUGUAAAACAUGA